CUCAACCACACAUAUGUAUGAACAUCAAUCUCAGCCACAAACACUGUAAAAUAGAAAAAUUUUGUAUUGGGAUGGAGAUGGGGGUGGGGAAAAAGUUUUGAGAUUUCCUUUGAUUGAACGAUGCAAUAAUCAACCAUCCAAAACAUGGUGGCAAUAACAUCGGUGGAGGCGCUGUUCCCCAAAUUAAAGGUGGGAGAAUGCGUACCCAAAUCCCAUUUAUUACCACUCUCAUCAUCUAUUCCGCAGCAGCAGCGGCCAUUCAUUUGCAGAGCUGAAGCGUCGGCAAGUAAUGCAAGUACGGCGACAGCGACUGCGUUGGAGCAGAGUGGAGGUGGGAAGAUGGUGGUUGAGUUGGUAGGAGCCUUCAACCAGCUGACCCAGGAGAUCAACGUGUUAUCCAGCAGCUCCUCUCGCUUGCUUUUCAAGUCUCUCAAGCUCUCCAUCCCCAUCUUGCAGGCCUUGCCUCACGCUGUGGAUGGUCGCCCUCUUCUCUCUAAGGCCUUGUCUCUCGCUCUCCUUCUCGCCCAUCUCCAGAUGGAUGCCGAAGUUAUUUCAGCUGGUUUACUCAUCCAAGUUGUGGAAGCAGGUGCCAUUUCCAUCUACCAAGUCCGAGAUCGUAUUGGCAUCGGUACUGCUCAUCUUUUGCAUGAAAGCUUGCGUUUGAAGAAUAUCCCUUCCAAAGUUGAUGUUUUGGAUGAUGAUAGUGCGGCUGCCCUCCGAAAGUUCUGUCUUACUUACUAUGACAUCAGGGCUCUCAUUUUGGACCUUGCUGUCAAGCUCGAUACGAUGAGGCAUCUUGAUUACCUCCCAAGGUAUCAGCAGCAAAUGCUUUCUCUCGAGGUUUUGAAGAUAUAUUCCCCCUUGGCUCAUGCUGUAGGAACCAACUACUUGUCGCUGGAGCUCGAGGAUCUCUCUUUCCGUUAUCUCUUUCCUUAUUCAUACCUAUACGUUGAUACAUGGCUACGAAGCUACAAGACUGGAAAUAAGUCUCUGAUUGACAUAUACAAGGAAGAGCUGCUCCAAGCUUUGAAAGCUGAUCCUAUCUUAGUUGACAUGGUCAAUGGUAUAUCUGUUAAGGGCCGCUACAAAAGCCGGUACAGCACAAUGAAGAAGCUCUUGAGAGAUGGGCGUAAGCCGGAAGAAGUAAACGAUGUUCUCGGAUUACGAGUCAUAUUGAACCCUAGGUCUGGCAUAGACAUGUCACAAGUAGGUGAAAGAGCAUGCUAUAGGACACAUGAAAUAGUUCAAUCGUUAUGGAAAGAAAUGCCUCAUAGAACAAAAGACUAUAUUGCAAGGCCCAAAGCUAAUGGGUAUAAGAGCUUGCAUAUGGCAGUUGAUGUAAGCGACAAUGGAACACCUAGACCACUUAUGGAAAUACAAAUACGCACUACGGAAAUGGACAUGUUAGCCACAGGUGGAACUGCAGCCCAUUCAUUGUACAAAGGUGGCCUAACUGAUCCAGAAGAGGCAAAGAGACUUAAGACCAUAAUGAUUGCAGCAGCAGAACUUGCAGCACUGCGGCUUAAAGAUUUCCCAUCCACAAUUCAUAAAGGCAUCGAGUUUGGUCAAGGAGAUGAAGUAUUCCGCCUUCUCGACAAGAAUGGUGACGGGAAGAUUAGCAUCGAAGAACUAAUGGAAGUUAUGGAAGAGCUUGGUGCAUCAGGGGAAGAUGCCCGAGAAAUGAUGCAGCUCCUUGACUCAAACAGUGAUGGUUCUCUAAGUACUGAUGAAUUUGACUUGUUCCAAAAACAGGUUGAAUUUAUGCGUAAUUUAGAGGACAAAGAUGUGAAAUACAAGGCGAUGUUGAACGACAAGCUCCAACUAGCAGACAACAGUGGGUUGAUUCAGGUAUAUAGUAAAGAAUUUGGUGACAGGCUUGCGAAUUAGAUGACCAAUUGUUGAAAGGUAAUCUGAUUGAUCAUUGUAGGCCGAUUCUAUGCCCAUGUAAAUCAUACAUACGGUUGUAUAUGUAUAUAAGCAUACUGGAAAGUUAUGAUUUUCUUUAGAAUUGUAAUAUUUGAAGAAUAGAAUAUAUUCAUAAAUGAAUGUAAAUGAUACCUGUUAUGAAUU